AUGUUUCCCUAUUCCGUGCAAGAGAAAAGCUGAGUAGAGAUCUCUCACCUUCCCACGUCAUUGUUCUCGCCGCAGCCACUCCGCCGCCGGCGCCACCGAGCCCCCGAGCCUUCCUGUCCGCCAAAUUCGUCAAGAUAUCGAGCGGUGGUCACUGGGUUUGUUUCGACAUCACCCUCGCCCGCCUCAACGGCCUGGUGGCCAAAGGCCUCCUGUGCCCCCUCACCAAGGAGAAGGAGUGGAUCCUUCCCGGGAGUGAGUGUCCGCCGAAUCCGCCGCCGGGCUACGUCGUGUCCUUCGCUCACUUCCAUGAGCGGGGCUUCGCAUCGCCGACGCACGACUUCUUCCAAGAUCUGCUGUUCCACUACCAGGUGGAGUUGCAGCACUUGAACCCCAACGGCAUCCAGCAAAUCUCGGCGUUCAUCUCCUUGUGCGAGGGAUUCCUUUGCGUCCCUCCGGUCUUCGACCUAUUCCGGUAUUUCUUUACUGUCAACCUGAUAAAGGCAAAGGUUGGAGAAGACUUGGUGCCCACCCCAAUAGGGUGCGCGGGGAUUUGUCUUCGAGGGGGAAGGAGCAACCGGUCGAGAGGCUAUAUGUGCAUUCCCUUGAAAACAUCACUCAAGGGGUGGCACGCCCAGUGGUCCUAUGUCAAGAACAACGGCACCGCCCUGCUGCCUCGCUUCACCGGGUGGAUAAUCGAGGAGAAGAUCCCAUAGUGGAAAUAUGGGCCACCAAAGAAUGAGCACAAGAAGCUCCAGGAUUUCUUCGACGCCCUCGAUGGGGCCAGCAUUAUCGGUGCUUACCACGCCAGGAGGAUCGCGCCGAUCAUGGCGCGACGCCUCCCAUUGUGGCAUAUGCGGUCCGAUUCCUCGAUGGAGGACUUCGCCAAGACGGUGCUGUUGACGGAGAGGAUUAGCAACUCUGAGAUCUAGCAGCGCCUUCGGGAGUUAAUUGCAGGGGAAGCUCCUAUGUAUCCGGAUCCUGGACAUCCAGUGAUGUUCCCGGACUCCGGGGCGAUUGGCAUGGACGAUCUCGGGUUCCGCCUCUCCCAUCCACCCUUGCCCGAGGACGCGGCUCAGCACAAGGCGAACCGCAUUCUUGCGGAAAAGAUGAGGGAGAGGAAGGAGAGGAAGAAGAAGAGGAACAUCGAGCACGAGGAGAGGAAGAGGGACCAGGCUAGGCGCACUAAGGUCGGCGAGAUCGUCGAGGAGGUCGACGACGGCGAUGACAAUGAUGACGAGAGCGAUGACCACGAGCUAACUGGACGGCCCUGAUGGCGGAGGACGAUGAGGAGCAUCCCCCGGGUCCCGACCCACGGGCUCUCCCUUCAUCGUCAGGGGUCCUCCCCAAAUGUCUACCUCGGCCGGGAGCUCGUCGAUUGCUCUCGGCCCGCGGAGGAUUCUUCUCCCCUCAAGCAGCGAGAGGGAAAUGCUCGCCCCUCCGCCCACAUAGUCUGUGCUGGGGAAGCGGCGAGAGGGGCCCGGGUCCCCACCAUUGGGUGUCAUCCCCAAGUGGGCUCGGUGGGCAUCGUCACAGUCAGUGGCUUUCGUUCGCAUCUUCAUCCUCUCGGGUUUGUCGUAAAAACCCUUUUAUCGAUGAAUUUUUGGCUUUCUCUUCAGGGCUGGAAGUGUUUGGGGCCCGCUAGCUGUUAUGCCCGCCAAAGUCCUUUCCCGGAGACCCUUCGUUCUGACGGCCACAUCUUCGAUGGUGGAGAGUGCGAGCGGUGACGCCCCCAGCGCCUCCGCCGGCCAGCCAUCGUCGGCGGAGUGGCAGAUUCAUGAGCCUGAGGCAUCACCCCCUCCAGUCGCGGCGGUCAUCAUCACUCUGAGUUCUCCUGAUGACGUCGAUGCAAGGGAGGACGCGGGUGCCACGCCUGAAGUGGGAUCCCGGGACAUUCCCCUAGUGGAGCCGGACGGCGGUGCCUGCGCAAGAGGACCCUGCGGCUGGCGAGGGUGAAUGUGCCAAGCCCGACCUUGCGGCCCCCACUCCCCCAGUCAUGCCGGAGGACGCGGAGGCGGGGGAUGCAGCGCCAUCUACUAUGGAGGUCGCGCCGUCCGCCCUGCCUCUGCCAGAGACGUCAGCGGAGCCGACCCUACCCCAUCCCGACCCUAUGGUGCCGGGCCACGGGGUCGGGGAUUCCCUCGCCGUGAGCAUCGUUGGACGCGGUCCCCAAUCUACCGUGGUGGCGCCCCCUACAGAUGAACCAAACACUGGGAUCGUCUCAGGGGUGCCAUAGCGUCUGUGGUGGAGAUAGUCCAAGCCGGUCUCGCCCCAGCAGUGCCAAUAAGUUAGCUGGAACCCGUCGAGAUUUCUUGACAUUUCUCGCCCAUCGGGGGCGUUGAGUUUUCCUUUCUGUUCGUUCUGAUCAGCAACUAGAGUCCCAGGAGCGACGGCAUCGGGCGCUUGCCGCGGAACAUCAGUCGCUGUCGAAGCGGUGCCAGGCGAUGGAGGAAGAGAUCGCCCAGCUUGGUGAAGAGCGGGAUGAGGCACGGCGCGGACAUCAGCAGGCGGUGGUGGUGUCGCGUGAUGCCAUCACUGACUGAGAGCGGGCCAACAAGGACCACGAGGACGCCAUCCGCGCCUGUGAUGCCGCGCUGCGCGACCGCGAGGCGGCGGUCACGGAGUGCGACACCGCCAUCCAGGAGCGAGACCGCGCUGUCCGAAUGCGUGAUGAGAUGUCGGAUGACCGCGACACCGCGUACGGGCAACGGGACACCGCCAUCAGAGCGCAGAUAGAGCUGGCUCAUGAGCGCGAUGCUGCUAUUGGGAAGCGGAACGAAGCUAUCCGGGACCGCGACAUCGCCAACAAGGCCACUGCAGAGGCGAUGGCGUCGGAGGAGGUUGUGCGCAUCGAGCUCCAUUGUAUCGCUCAUGCACUUAUUCCCUUUCGCAAGGGUGAGGCGUAUCCAGUUUCCUCCUUGUCUUUGAUUGGUAGUGACGCAUUUGCAGUUGCUCAUGCUGAGGUUGAGAGGCUAGCGUCGGACCUGACCGUGGUGCGCCAGAGCUUGGAGAUCUAGGUUCGCAACCUCAGCAACCUAGAACUUGGCAUCCAGGUUUUGCUGAGAGAUCUUGGUGUCACCCCCUCCGACAACUCGGGCCAGCUGCCUGGUCAGCUUAUUCAAGGUGUCGAGGCGUUACGCCGGCGAGCGGACGAGGCGUUAUUCCACGGAGUGCACCGCGCUUUCGCCGUCGCCCGUAGCCACUACAGCAACAUCGCCUUGGACGAGCUGACCCAGGGGUAUCCCGCCGAUUACACCGACGCUGAGCUAGAUCAGAUCGAAGAGGAGGUCGAGCCCUUCGCCCGUACCCUGGUGGAAAGAAUAGAGGGAGACGAACCCGAUCAGAAGAGUCUAUCCAGGAGUUGAGGGCUAGGAAGAGACAUGUUUUAUUUUUGUAUGAACUAAGAAAGCGGGUUUGAGCUUUCUCUGCAUAUUGAUUGUGUAGUUUGUAAGCACAGGAGUUGACAUUUCCGCCGCUUGAGUUGGUGAGAGCGCAUCAUCAAAGAUACGAAAGACGUUCCGCGACUGUA